CUUUGAAUAAAGUGUACGGCUACGCCAUAUCAACCAACCUUCCUCGUCAUUUCCAGGGCCUAGACUACGCCACCGUCGGCUCCCCAUUUCCGCAAUUACUCUUUCGAUUUCAGCUGUUCAAAUUGAUUAUCAUCAUGGGCCGCCUGCCGAAGUUUCUUCUGAGAUUCAAACUCAGGCGACAGAGAGCCGCCACCGACAGGGUCGCCGCCGUUGAUCUUGAAGAGGAAGAGGAAACUAGUACGUGUGUUCGCAAGCAUAGUUCUAACAUGUGGUUAUCUUGGGAUGAGAUUCGGAGAGUGACGAUGGAGUUCUCCGUCGUCAUCGGCCAUGGAGGAUUCAGCACUGUCUAUCUGGCGGAAUUCCCGGAUUCUUCCAGGGCCGCUGUUAAGAUGCAAUGCGGCAGCCAGCGUCUCAGUCGUCGGGCGUACAGGCAGGAAUUGGAAAUCUUGCGUCGUCUCCGACAUCACACCAUUGUCAAGCUUCUUGGUUAUUGCGACGAUCGAGAAGAAGGCAUACUGAUCCUGGAGUAUGUCCCCAAUGGGAAUUUGCAAGAGAAACUCCACGGAUCAAGCACCUUUCUCCCAUGGAUGACACGCAUGGCCAUAGCAUUCCAACUAGCUCAGGCCAUAGCCUACCUCCACCGCAACUGCAUCGUCCACGGCGACAUCAAAGCCUCUAACAUACUGCUCGACGAGGACCUCAACUGCAAACUAUGCGAUUUUGGGUCGGCAAAGAUGGGAUUAUCUUCAACAGUGGCUCUCCUAGAUUCGAACUCAAGAAUGAUGGUAGGUUCUCUGGGCUAUACCGAUCCUCUCUAUCUGAAAACAGGGCUUGCUUCCUACAAGAAUGAUGUAUAUAGCUUCGGGGUUGUUCUGUUGGAACUCAUAACUGGAAUGGAAGCAUUCAGCCCGGGGAGAGGAGAGGCUUUGGCGACGAGGGCUGGACCGAUGCUGAGAGAUGUGGAGAAGGUGGGAGAAAUGGUGGAUCGACGUAUUCGUGGAGAGGUCGACUUGGAAGAAGCCAGAGCCAUGGCUGCACUCUCAGCGAUAUGCGUUAGUGAUUCCCCGAGUGUUAGGCCUUCCGCAGCCAAUAUCUUGACUAGGAUGAGAAGCAAAAUUCCAUUUCUAUCUUUGCUAUUUGAGGAAAAGGUUUCAUAAAUAGGUGUAAAAAAACUUGUUAAUGUGUGAGUUUGUGAGCUCAUGGAUUGUUGUAGAUGGAUGGAUGAUGAGAUGAGGAACAGCGCUAGCUAGGAUUCUUGAUUUCUUUUUGCAAUUUGUCUCAAGUUGAGAUAAAUUAUACAGUUAGAUUGCUUCAAAGUUCAAACUAAUACAGUCUGAUGAGAUCCAAAGAUUGAAAUUAUGCGGUGGCUAUAUAUAUGAACGGGCGUCUAAAUAACAUCAGCAUCAGCAUCACUCCAAGACCAAGUUGAACUUGACCAUGAAUCAUGUUAUGGAGGCUGUCAUGAUGCAGAAAGUGAAAAAUGGCAGAAACAAAGAAAUAAAAUCAGUAUCAAAAGAACCUCCAGAAAUGUCUGAAUCUCACUGUUACCAUUCCCCAUUUGAAUUAAGUUUAUUAGGCAUACGAGUUAAGUGACCGAUGUUCUCUGUCCUGGGCGGUGACUUUCCUUCGGAAGGGGCAGUUGGCUGCAAGGCACAUUCAAAUACACAAUGAUAGAAACAGGAAACAUCGAUCUAACAGUAGAUAUGCAAUAGGGAUACCUUGCUUGCAUCAACAGCCAAAGUAAAUUUCUUCUCAGCUUCAAAAUCUUCCCAAUGAGAUUACACUCACAAAGAUGUUGAAUAAACUGACCGUUCUUGCUCUCAAGCAAGAUACAACAUU